CGGUCAUUUGAGACUUUUCCAUAAAAUGGCCAUUUUAACGUUUAGGGUGUUAAUAGCUGUUACGUUGCUGUAUUCUGGUCAAUCUGCUCCUCGCCAAAGUGGGUGGCUAGACCCGACCUGCGAACGAAAACAUGGCAUCUGCCAGCCGGCGUCCUCGUGCACUGGAAAACCUGUAGAGUAUAUGCCGGAGUGCACAAGCCCGGAUAUCUGCUGCGUACCCAAUCCAUAUCUCAGCCUCGAUUUUGAAAAACCAUCCCCAGACGACGGUCGCUGUGGUCUGAUAACCUACCAGCAUGACCUCAUGGAGUCGUUACUUCCCUUGGGGCGUCAGACACGUGUUGUUGGUGGACAGCCCGCGGCAGCCUGGAGCUGGCCCUGGCAGGCAGCCUUAAGGUCCCGCAUGUAUGGUCACCUGUGUGGCGGGACUUUGAUCAGUUCAACCUGGCUGCUGACUGCAGCACACUGUGUGACCCGGUAUCUAGAAGAUCGGAGCGACGUAUACGUUGUCCUGGGAGACCAUUACAAGUCCCACAUGUCCGGGGUGGAAGUAUACCGUGGUGUCAGACAAAUUGUGUCGCAUCGGGGCUAUAGUCGGGAUGGUUCUAUGCCUCACGACAUCGCACUUCUACGGCUGAACUCUUCUGUGGAUAUCAGAGGUCACCACGUGCGCACCGCGUGUCUCCCAGGUCCGGGAGACGUCUUCGACUCCCGUGACACGUGUUUCAUAACAGGCUGGGGUCAGACUGAAGCUGCCAUGGAAUCUGACGUCAUGAAGCAGCUCCAGGUCUCAAUCACUCCACAGGACGUCUGCCGUCAGAACUGGGCUGCUGUCGCCGACAUUCAGCCGUCCCAGAUGUGCAUCGGUGAUGGCGUUACGGGAGCGUGUAGGGAUGGGCCAGGGCGACAGUGGGGGGCCGCUGGUGUGCCUCAGAAACGAGAGGUUCGUACUGGUGGGGAUCACAUCCUGGGGGUCCUAUAG